AAUAAUUGUCAAUUGUCAUUUAAGUACCAAAUUAAAAAUUUCCAAAAAAAAAACAAAAUAUUGUUACUUAAUUUUAAUAUUGUUUUUAAAGAAAAAAAUGUCUGCAGCUAUUAAGUUCCCCAAGGCUCUAAAAGAAAUACGUGUUCAUUUAUGCCAGUCAGGUGCCGCCAGUAAAGGCGUAAGAGAAUUUAUUGAGAAAUAUUAUGUAGAUUUGAAAUCUAACAAUCCAAAAUUUCCAAUUUUGAUUCGAGAGUGUUCUGGAGUUGAACCAAAAUUGUGGGCCAGAUUUGAGUUGGGAAAAGAGAAAGCUAUUUCUCUAAAAGAUUUAUCAUCGAGUGACGUUUUAACCAAAGUAAAAUCAAUUGCUGCAUGAACUAAGUUUGGAAUUAGUAAUUUAUAUUGUAGUUUUUAACAUGUGUAAAUAAAAUUGUUAAUUUCGA